CCUGUUCCCCUUGCAGAGGGGGUAAGGAAUCAAACCCCCAAAAUGGCGGCAGCGUCGGAGGAGCGGAUGGCUGAGGAAGGAGGCGGCGGUCACGGCGACGGCGGCUCCCCUUCGGCCAUUGCCUCUACCCAGCGACUGCCCCCACCGCCCCCGCCCCAGCCCCCGCAGCCGGGGUCCCAGGCGCCCCCAGCCCCGGCGCUGGCUCCGGACCAGCUGCCUCAAAACAACACGCUGGUGGCGCUGCCCAUCGUAGCCAUCGAGAACAUCCUCAGCUUUAUGUCCUACGACGAAAUUAGCCAGCUCCGUCUGGUUUGUAAAAGAAUGGACUUGGUCUGCCAGAGAAUGUUGAAUCAGGGAUUUCUAAAGGUGGAAAGGUACCAUAAUCUAUGUCAGAAACAAGUUAAAGCACAGCUCCCAAGGAGAGAGUCAGAAAGGAGAAACCAUUCAUUAGCUCGGCAUGCAGACAUCCUCGCUGCUGUUGAAACAAGGCUGUCAUUAUUAAAUAUGACUUUCAUGAAGUAUGUGGACUCCAAUCUCUGUUGCUUCAUCCCGGGAAAGGUGAUUGAUGAGAUUUAUCGUGUGUUGAGAUAUGUCAGUUCUACCAGAGCCCCUCAGCGAGCUCAUGAAGUACUUCAAGAGUUAAGGGAUAUUUCCUCCAUGGCAAUGGAAUACUUUGAUGAAAAGAUUGUUCCAAUUCUAAAGAAGAAAUUGCCAGGAUCAGAUGUAUCUGGAAGACUCAUGGGCUCUCCUCCAGUUCCAGGACCUUCUGCAGCCUUGACUACAAUGCAACUCUUCUCCAAGCAAAACCCUUCAAGACAAGAGGUUACCAAACUCCAGCAGCAGGUUAAGACAAAUGGUGCUGGGGUGACUGUUCUCAGGCGUGAAAUUUCUGAGCUUCGCACCAAAGUGCAAGAACAGCAGAAACAGCUUCAAGACCAGGACCAGAAACUGCUAGAGCAGACCCAGAUCAUAGGUGAGCAGAACGCACGGUUGGCAGAGCUGGAGCGCAAACUGCGGGAAGUAAUGGAGAGCGCAGUGGGGAACUCCUCAGGGUCUGGGCAGAGUGAAGAGUCUCCUCGGAAACGAAGAGAGGCCGCAGAAGCCAUAGACUCUCUUAGGAAAUCUAAACGUCUCCGGAAUAGAAAGUAAAUCGGAAUGUGCUUCUAGCGCCAGAGGAAGACCUGGCUUUGUAGCUUGACCAGUUCUGCUUAUCUGGACACUGCACGACACGGUGUCCCUCAGCUCUAGGCUUUCAGAACACAACUUAAACUUGAACUCUCAUGGUUGGGACUUUUUUUUUUUCCUGCUUCUCCUCGUUGAACUGAUGCACAGAAUCUUUUUACUUUGCAAUAGAUUUGUACUAACCAGACCUAUUCUAUCAUGUUUUGAGAAGUUAACCUUUUUUGUGUGCAGAUAAUGUUUAAAGCAAAUUUUUUUCUGCAUAUAUGCACAUUACAUAAGGAUCUUAAACCAGUCUUGACAGACUAGAAACUAAGUUUAAUACAGGAAAUGUCCUGUUCACUUGAAAGAGAAGACCUACUUUUUAAAUGGACAGUAUCUUGUUUUUUAAAAAAAAAAAAGUUGACUUUUUGUUAUAAGUGACCUUUGUCUGGAAUGUCUGAAAAGUAGUAAAUGCUUUUUGGUAUUGAAGUAAUGGGUAACUAAAACGGACUUCCAUAGUAUUGACUGUAGAAGGGGCCUCUACAGUAUUGACUAUAUAUUUUUAUAAACUACUGGUAAGGGACUUAUCCAGUUGUUACAUACAUGUUUUCAGUUCUCUUUUGGGGCCAUGACCUACAUUUGCAUGGAUGCAUGCAUGCGUUGCCUAGUCAACUCACUUAAAAAAGCUCUUGCACUGGUAUUGAUCUUGAACCUCUACACUUCUCCACUUUUUAGAGCAGUGUCUUAGUUCGUUUAAGCGCUUAACAUCUUCCACCACAACAGCUUGCUUCGGUGGGUGAGGGGGAGUGCUAUUUGUAUGUCCAUUUGUCCUCCGGUUUUACAGGAUAAGAGAGUCUUAAAGCCUGCGGCUUUAGCUGUUCUCUGUAGGGUUCAGGUACACUGGCUAAGACAGAGCCCCAAAUUCUUUAUGUUGAUAUCAGACCUCUGGUAACUAUGACUAUUCCUGACUCACCACGGUGUGUGCUCAUUGAUCCAUUGCGGCUGUGACCAGUGGUGUGAGUAGGGAACCCAACUUAUGGGAUGCAGUUGUUUUGCCAUUGAAAAACAGUUCACUGAAGAAAAUUGUACUAUGAAAAAGCAUUUUGAUUGUUUCAUUUCUGGGGGGUGACCUGAGGGAAGCUUUCUAAUAUUAAUUUCAGGCUUUCCUUAUCCUUCAACUUUCACCAAAAGCUUUAAUUUCGUUUGCACUCCUGUUUUGAGCUUGUAACUGGAAAAGCAUGUCUUGCACUGUCAGCCUUCUGAGUGGUCACUUUAACACCUGUACAGUGAUAAUUUUCCCCAGUUGUGUAUUUUUUGAAACAGUCAGUUAUUACUGUCUAGUUUUAUUUUAAUGUACUAAAUUAUGUAGUCAUUAUUUGACUGUUAAGUUAAACAACUGUUGCCUUGGGCUUCAGUUAUUUAAGGUAAACUUAGGUGUAAUAUAGAAUACUAUCCCUUUCCAGGUGGGAGUUUGACACCUGUAUAAAACCUAAGGUUUUGGUAAGGACCUUAGUUGAAGAAAAGCACAAGGUCACUACCUUUUUUUAAUCCGUCCAACAUGAUACGGUUAUGCAUCCUUGAGAUUAACCUCACCAAAUGAAACUUCUUAUCCAUUUUUAGUAUUGUCCUUACAUAAUAGUGUCCUUAGAUUUUGAUCAAUUCUUUGUCUAACAUUAAAACUCCAUUUACAAUGUAGUUAUGUUUUCAAUGAAAAACCAUAAAAUAACGUCCAAGUGUUUUCAUGGUUUGUUGGGAAGGUAAUUUUAAAAUAAACAAUUUC